GUCUGUCACCGGAAUCGCUCCUACUAGCUAGCUAGUUGGUUGAAUGGGUUGCUCGCUCGAGCCGUAGUAUUCUGAAACAGACAUGGAAUGUUGACGUUUGCUGUGUUUAAAACGAAAAGGAAAAUCAAGUAAUUCAUAUACGAAGAUCCAAGUUAAUAUUUGCGUUGUGAACCUGAUAAAAUGAUGCGUUUCAUGUUGCUGUUCAGUCGUCAGGGGAAGCUGCGUCUCCAGAAGUGGUACACGGCCACGGCCGAGAGGGACAAGAAGAAGAUGGUGAGGGAGCUCAUGCAGGUGGUGCUGGCCCGCAAGCCCAAGAUGUGCAGCUUCCUGGAGUGGAGGGACCUCAAGAUCGUCUACAAGAGGUAUGCCAGUUUGUAUUUUUGCUGUGCGGUGGAGGAGCAGGACAACGAACUCAUCACUCUAGAGGUCAUCCACCGCUUCGUGGAGCUGCUGGAUAAGUACUUCGGCAGCGUAUGUGAGCUGGAUAUCAUCUUUAACUUUGAGAAGGCCUACUUUAUACUGGAUGAGUUUCUGAUGGGGGGGGAGAUCCAAGACACGUCCAAGAAGAGUGUACUCAAGGCCAUCGAACAGGCCGACCUACUACAGGAGGAGGACGAGUCUCCGAGAAGUGUUCUAGAGGAGAUGGGCCUGGCGUAGUGACAGCACGGUACUCUGAUCGCAGCACUUUUUAAUCAGGCAACAGACAGGCGAAGAGACCGAGGACUUUGGGUUCCAUGUGCAACAGGGUGGAGGAAAUGGGGUUUGAUGUGGAGGUGGUUUGGGGGAGGGGGUAAGGGCUGGGGUGGAAGCUGUUAUCUAACGUGUGUCUCAAGUGGCACCCUAUUCCCUACAUAGUACUCUAGGGCUCUGGCCAAAAGAAGUGCACCUUUUUUAAGUAAAAAUACAUUUAAAAAGUCAAUUGAAAUUCACACGUUGACGUUCGGGUAGUGAAUUCCAGACAUUGCUGACAUUGUUGUAUAUUAUUAUCAUGAUGAUGAUCCACACCCUAUUUAUAUUAGCUCUGUGAAAAUGGUGCCACUUUUGGCCGAAAGAUUUAGCUACUACUACUGUUGUAUGACCCAGACUUGGGUUCAAAUACUAUCUGAAAUUGUUCAAGUACUUCUAGUGUUUUGCUUUAGCCUGCACGGAGGCCAUUCUAUUGGUUCCGUUCUGCCAGGGCGCUCAGUCAAGCUCAGUUUGAAGUAUUUGAAAUAGUAUUUGAUCCCCGGUCUGAUUUGACCUUGUAACUUUCCCUCGAGAGGCAGGUCAGAAUGCGUCUUUUUUUCUUUUUUUUUUAGCAGGUGAUGAAAUCAAAACAUUUUCCCCAACAGAUCACGUUUUAUCAGAUUAGUGUGUGUCCCAAAUUGCACCCUAUUCCCUAUAUAGUGCACUACUUUUGACCAGGGCCCGUAGUGUGUUAACUUUCACCAGAGCCUUAUGUAGGGAAUAGGGUGCAAUUUGAAGGGGACAGGGAUUUGCUUUUAAAUGAAUGGUCAUCCAAUAUUUUGUAUGUGUACCACGCUUUAUGAGAAUAAUAUAAUACYUUUGCUGUUUUUAAGGGACCACAUUGAUUGUCUGCAUUGGUGAGUUCUGUUGAACCCAUAGUAGGAUAUGUUGUAAGGGUACAAACAAUCAAUCUGAAGAAUGAUUCUUCCCAAAUUCCGGUUCCAUCCAGAAUUCCAUAGAAUUWAAAAUUCUAUUUCUGCGUUCUAUUCCGCAACUGUUUUUCUCUCUCGAUUUCCUCCAUCUCUCAACCCCCACGCUCUCUCUCGCGUAUCGAGCAAGUAACCUAUGGGGAAGUUUGAUGUGAUCUUUUAGCCUGUGUGUGGCUGUCCUAGCAUGAAUGUGUUUAUGUGGAAAGGGCUCAAUGUCAUAGUAUGCAAUGUAGUGAUGAUUCAAAUGAGACUAACCCAGGGCACAAAAAUAUAGGCAGAGAGGGAGAGUGUUUUUGAGCAGCAACGUACAACAAAAGGCAAACGACUUUGACAUACACGUGACUUUUUAGAGAAAUCAUGGACCUAGCUACAUUUUACGCCGAUAAAAUACCCACUUUCCAAAGAGUAAUAAUGUUUGUGUCUGCAACAAGAGGGAAUAGACCAAUAGGAAUAAAGUGCAACUAGAAGAGAGUUUGGCUUCAGACUGUAGACAUGCAUUCUUAUUACCUGACUUUAGCUUUUUGAUUUAAAUAAGAUGCGUUCCAACAUUUAUACUAGUGUACUACUUGCUAGGGUGCAUUCCCAAUACAUUGCUUCACUCCAAUUAGUAUCAAUACAUAGGCUACAUUCCAGUAUCCACACUAGCAUACCACUUAGCUGGUGUCCCAAAUGGCACCCUAUUUAGUGCAGUUCUUUUGACCAGAGGCCCUAAAUAUGGAACAGCGUGCCGUUUGGGAUGAAGCCUUUGGAUGCAUGCCCAAUAUUCUGCUCCAUUCAACGUGGUAUACUAGUAUGGUCAAUGGGACAGCACUAUUGCUUCAUUAUUAGUAGUGCGCUAGUGUGGAUUAUUGGAGCGGCGCCGAAUAAGAAAUUAGGAGAUAUUUUGAUUAGUGUUUUUUCAGGGACUCCAGAAGGUGUGUGUGUGUAGGGUUUUAUUAAUUUGGGAUCCAGCAUGAGGGGUGGGUGGCAUGUGAUAAACGACUAUUGAACUACGGUCCAGUCAUGGCACCCUAUUCCUUUUAUAGUGUGCAAUCUUGGCUUUGACCAGGGUUCUGGUCAAAAGUAGUGCACCAUAAAGAGAGAAGGGUACCAUUUGGGACGAAGACAUAUUAUCAAAGGGAAUCGUGUGAAUGUAAUUUUAUAAUGAAAAUAAAAUGCCAUUAGAAAGGACUUGUGUA